GAUCUGGGAAAGUGCAGGAAACCAGGAAGUAAGGCCGGUUAGCUAACAGCAGGUGAAGUCAGAUCGCCGUCAGUCCUCCUCCUCCUGCUGCUGCUCUGUUCCACAACCCGAGGAGCUGUUUGUUCAGCCACAUUCACAGCAACAUGCCUGAAUUACAGAGACCGAGGAUUCAAGCCGCUGACACGAGUGCGAGUGAUGGACUGGAGGGGUUCAAGGCUCAUGCUGUGUUCCAGGAAAUCAACAAGAAACUUCAGGAGGAAGGGGAGCAGUUUGUGAAAAAGAUCGGUGGAGUGUUUGCCUUCAAGGUGAAGGACGGCCCAAACGGAAAGGAGGCGAUUUGGUUUGUGGACGUAAAGAACGGCAAAGGCUGCGUUCACAACGACGCAGAUAAGACAGCAGAUUGCACCAUUUCCAUGUCGGACGCAGACCUGUUGGCUUUGAUGACGGGGAAGAUGAACCCGCAGACGGCAUUUUUCCAGGGCAAGCUGAAGAUCACAGGGAACAUGGGUCUGGCUAUGAAGCUUCAAAACCUGCAGCUGCAGCCGGGCAAAGCCAAGCUGUAGACGCGAUGCUGGAACGAGAACAGAGAUGAAACCAGGAGGAAUUCAACAGCGAGCCCGGUUUCAGAGAAAUGUUAAAAAUUCUUAUCACUGGACUAAAACACACUUCCUCUUAGCGACCUCACUCACCGAGCACGGGGUUAGACAGCAGCCCGGCCAAUCUUACUGGAGAAUGCGAUAGAUGGAGAGAUAAUUACUUCUCUAAUUACGUCCCUGCCUGCAGGCCCUCUCUCCAUGAUACUGUCAGUCCAGUGUAGUAGGUGCUCCCUACUUUGUGAUACUAAUUCAGUUCAUGUCCAGCUUUUCAAUAAUCUUCCCUGCUAAUGAAAUCUGUGAGUGUAUUAUGUCUACAGAUGUUUUUGAGUAGAGCAGAUUGGGGUAAUAUUUGUCAUAAUCAUGAAUAUAACAGUUGAAGUGCCUCCUCAUCUCAGAUUAUAGUUUCAAGGCAGAAAUUUAUAUAAUAACUAAUACAAAUACAUCAUUUCUGCUCUCUUAUUGUAUGAAUCUCCAAAAUAUUUCUACAAAAUAAAUGCAGCUCUGCUGAGGGUCGUAGUUUCA